AUGCUAUUCAAGUCGUUCUUUUUUGUUUUCUUCUGGAUUGCAACAGCAGUUGGGUCCCCAAUCGAUCCUCCCUUGGCUCCAACGCAAGAUCCUUUUUACGAAGUCCCUUCUAACGUUUCAGGGUACAAAAACGGUGACAUCAUCAAAUGGAGAGAUACGCCUGCCCAGUUACGCUCCAUCUACUUUCCUUUAAACGUGGAAAAAGCAUGGCAGCUACUCGUAAGAACCGAAGACUCGUUUGGCGAACCUACAGCGUUUGUUACUACAGUUAUCAAACCAUAUAAUGCCAUUCCUUCCAAGGUUCUUUCGUACCAGGCGUUUGAAGAUUCAGCUUCUUUAGACUGCAGCCCUUCGUAUUCUGUGUUAUAUGGCGCUUCCAUGAGCACCAUUGGGAUCCAGUUUGAAGUGGCCAUGAUGGAAAUCGGUCUUUCGAAGAACUGGUACUUGGUUCUUCCAGAUUAUGAAGGCCCCAAGCUGGCAUUCACUGUAGGGCCUCAAUCAGGUAAAGCAACGCUUGACGGGAUCCGAGCUGCUUUGCAAACCACUGAUUUAACUGGAAUAGAUAGUGAUGCUAAGGUUGGUCUUUAUGGGUAUUCUGGUGGAUCUAUUGCUGCUGGCUGGGCAGCUCAGCUUCAGCCAAACUAUGCUCCAGAAUUGGAGAAGCUGAUUAUAGGUGCUGCUUUUGGAGGGUUCGUAACGAACAUUACCCUGACAGCACUUUCCAUAGAUGGCACUUCUUUUUCAGGUAUAGCUGUGGCAGCCAUGAACGGGAUCCUCCAGGAAUACUCGUACCUCAAGGACUUGUUCCUAAGACAGAUGGAUCUGGCACGGGUUGAAGAGUUCUAUAAAGCUAAAACUUUAUGUCUUAAACAGCUUUCUGGAGUAUAUAACUAUGUGGAGCUUUUCACAGGACAGAAUCCAUGGAUGAUCAAAGGUGCAAGUUUCUUUGGGAUUCCACAGAUUGCUGAAGUUGUCAAGAAUAGUACUCUUGCUUUGACUUCUAGUCAUGGCGUUCCCCAGUUUCCACUUUUUAUAUUCCAGGGAGAAAGAGACGAGGUUGUGCCUUUGGAGCAGCCCCAGAGAGCAUACGAGAACUGGUGCUCUUGGGGAGCCAAGUCCAUUGAAUUUGCCAUUUCCAAGACGUCUGGGCAUGUUCUUGAAGGCGUGACAGGUCUUGGAGCUGGUUUUGCAUGGCUUGAGAGAGUGUUCGAUGGACAUGUACCCAUUGAAGGAUGCCAACGUACACUCAGAGAAAAUAACCUUCUCUACCCUGGAGCUGAUGCUAAUUACCGCCAGCUUUUGGAUACGUUGGUGAAGGGUAUCUUUGGAGCCAAAAUUGGACAGGAUACUGAUGAUUUGAGUGAGUCUACGCUUUUGAGUAAGGUGCUUGCUCAUGUACUUACAGCUUGGUUUUCGCUUUUGACGCCAGUUGACCAAAGUAGUAUUUCAAGUCCCAGAGUCCGUAUUGCCACGAACCAUACUGAGAACAAGAUGUUCAAAGGUCUUGGUGAUGUGGUGGACUUGUGGAAGUCAGAGGGAAUCAACCCAUGGAGCGUUCUCCAGGGCAACGAGACGUUCCUGUUGUGA